GCAUACACCCACCAACUCCAAACUAUACAGAAUCUCCUCCCCGAGUAUAGUGUGAAUAAACAAAACCCCAAGGAACAUUUAUCAGAAAAAAGACACUGAAGAUGUGCGGCCCUUCCCGCCCAAGCUCUGGCUCUCUCAUCGCUGUUAUCUUCCCUUCAUCAUCAUCAUCAACAACCUCUCCUCCCUCUUCGCCUUCAUCACCCUCCUCAAAUGACUCCACAUCACCAACAACAAACCCAUCAUACUACCUCUUCUUCAAAAACACCACACACCCAGCAGCGUCAGAUACUCAAACAGGAAAAGAAUCGAGAACAACAACAACAAAAGCCCUCUUCCGCAUCCCAGACCCUCUCACUCGCAGAUCAUUCCAGGAAAGUGCGGCGGUGUAUAUGCGGAUUGA